AUGCCCGGCCGAGGCCCUCCCGCCGACGAUGCGCAGACGAUCAUCCAUGGCCGAUCAAGGCCCAUGCGGACUCCUGGCAGUCCCAAGAAAAAGGACGAGAACCCAAAAGCAUCCGAUAUCUCUGAGCUCAAGGACUACCAGUUGGGCGACUGUCUCGGGAAAGGCGCCUUUGGUUCCGUAUACAAAGCUCUUAACUGGGGAACAGGCGAGACAGUUGCUAUCAAACAGAUCAGACUCACUGAUCUGCCGAAGAGUGAGCUGAGAGUUAUUAUGCUCGAAGUUGAUUUGUUGAAGAAUCUGGAUCAUGCCAACAUUGUCAAAUACCAUGGAUUCAAAAAGACUCCCGAGACAUUGAACAUUAUCCUUGAAUACUGCGAAAAUGGCUCGCUUCACUCCAUUUCAAAGAACUUUGGUCGCUUUCCCGAGAAUUUGGUCGCGUUAUACAUGUCCCAGGUACUUCAUGGGCUACUUUAUCUCCAUGAGCAGGGUGUCAUCCACCGUGAUAUCAAAGGAGCCAACAUCUUGACGACUAAGCAAGGAUUGGUAAAACUGGCUGAUUUCGGAGUCGCUUCCAGGACAGCAGGGUUGAAUGAGUCUAGCGUUGUUGGAACUCCAUAUUGGAUGGCGCCAGAGGUGAUUGAGCUGACCGGUGCCACAACCGCCUCAGACAUCUGGAGCUUGGGAUGCACCGUCAUUGAACUGCUUGAUGGCCGGCCGCCCUACCAUCAGCUGCAGGCCAUGCCUGCUCUCUUCCGGAUUGUCAAUGACGACCACCCACCUCUUCCUCAAGGCGCUUCGCCGGUCGUCAUUGACUUCCUUAUGCAAUGCUUCCAAAAAGAUCCCAAUCUUCGAGUCUCGGCUCGCAAGUUGCUGAAGCAUCCGUGGAUCGUCAGCGCGAAACGAUCAACAACCGAAGUGGCCAAGAAAGCUACUGAAUACACUGAAGCUGUCAAAAGUGUGCAAGAAUGGAAUGAAGCCCUUCGAGACUCACCCGAUGGUAGCAUGGGCCGCAAAAAUUCCAGGAAUUCGGCUGGAAGUCCAGUACCACGAGAUCUUCGCUCAGCAAAAACGCCAUCAAGAUCAUCUACUCAGGCUUCCAGAACGCCUGCAGAUCGGUUUAUGACUGUUGAGGACGCCAACGAUGAUAUCUGGGACAAUGAUUUCCCUACAGCAAUUCCUUCCCGUGGAUUAGGACUUCCCCACUUGCGGGCUAACGACAAUCUGGGUGGCCCACUCUUCGCGGAAAAGGCAAAGGCAUCCGCCACGUUGGAGCAGAUGUUUGGAAAAGAGAAUGACAAGGAUGACAAGGACAGCACGUUGAGAGGACCCGUACGCACCAAAGACCCAUCUCCAGCAAAGACAAAGCCGCCUCAACCAGCAACUGGGCGAACAUCACCAAGCAAACCGCCUGGUCGUGGUCAUGCACGGCAUAAAUCGGAGGUCCCAAAGACCAAGAGCAAGGUACCGACGACACUGACACCUCGUAAGGUGUCUCUGCCAACUUCGAGACAGACCACAGACUUGUCGAAGACUAAAAGUACGGCUCAGAAGCCCCAGACCCAGCCCCAGCCAACAAGACUUUUCCGGGAAAGCUCGGUCGAAGAUUUCUCCGAUCUCAUAGAAGCUAACGAAGGUUCGCUUGACCGAAAACUGCGGAGAAUGAAACUGCAGGACGAGGCUCCUUCAAAGAUUCUGGACUCUCCUAGUGUGACAGACCUGAUGCAAAGUAUGAAGCCUCCGCCAAAAGCCGGAGGAAGUCUCAAGCGACCGCCAGCGCCCAGGGGGCGGUUGUCGAUGCGCAGGACGAGAUCUUCAAUCGAAAUACAAAGAUACGCCGAGAAUGAGGAUGAUGAAGAUUUCUCUGAUGUCUUCUCUCAACCCAGCACAAUCCAGAAGAAGAUGGACAGCACAGACACCAAUGAACUCAUGCUAGCAUCCAAGAUCUCUAAUCUGUCGUGGCUACCUGACGACGGAGAAGAAGACGAUGAUCCUUUCGCUGAGCUUGAAGAAGGCCUGCCCGAGGUCGACCUGGAGUCGAACAUUGCCCGAGAUAAGCAUGCUCGAUUGCGAACCGACGUUGAAGCAUUAGUCGGGCAGCUGAAGAUACUACAAGACGAUGAUGCUCUGCUGCAGAUAUCAGAAGAUCUAAUGAAUUGCUUCGACCUGUUCUCAGAAACGAAAAGCGUUAUAAUCAGUGCCCACGGCGUUCUACCGAUUCUGGAGAUCUUGGAAGAUUGCAAGCGCUUGGACGUGGUUCUAAACCUACUCAAAAUUGUCAACGCCAUUAUCUUCAACGAUGAGGACGUGCAAGAGAAUCUCUGCUUCGUUGGUGGCAUACCGAAGAUCAACAAGUUCGCCUCGAAAAAGUUUCCUCGAGAGAUCCGGCUUGAGGCCGCCGCGUUUGUUCGCCAGAUGUAUCAGACAUCGACUCUGAUACUACAAAUGUUUGUCAGCGCCGGUGGAUUAUCUGUCCUCGUAGAUUUUCUGGAGGACGAUUACGAUGAUGAUCGCGAGCUUGUUCUUAUCGGCGUCAACGGUAUUUGGAGUGUGUUUGCACUGCAAGGCUCGACACCACGAAACGACUUUUGCCGCAUCUUAUCCAGAAAUUCCGUCCUCGAACCGCUAUCUCUCAUUCUCAACAGAGUACUUAAUGAACCUUCAGACUCAGGUGAACAACGAGAGCUUGCGCAAUUGUGCGAAGCUCGGAUCGCGAGCAUUUUCUUCAUCUUCUCGCAAGCCGAGAGUUAUGUUAAGGAGCUCGUUGCUGAGCGCACUGUUCUUCAUCGAGUACUGAAGAACAUCAAACGGAUGUCACCUCAGCACCAGAUCACAAUGUUGAAGUUCAUCAAGAACUUAUCCAUGUUGUCAACAACACUCGAUGCACUGCACAAUUCAAACGCUAUAGACGUCUUGUCGGACCUACUUGCCAACGGCGUCGACGGUCCCCAUUCGCGAGAAAUGUCGAACCAGAUUCUCAACACUAUCUACAACUUGUGUAGGUUGUCCAAGAGGAGGCAAGAGGACGCUGCUCUCGUUGGCAUCAUCCCAAUUUUGAUGAGAAUUGUCAAGCAGGACAAGACGCCAGUCAAAGAAUUUGCACUGCCUAUUCUUUGCGAUAUGGCGCAUUCAAGCCGUGCUGCUCGAAGAGAACUAUGGCAGAACAAAGGUCUAGUUUUCUAUGUCUCCUUGCUGUCAGAUCCGUACUGGCAGGUCACUGCCCUGGAUGCCAUCUUCACCUGGCUUCAAGAAGAGACCUCCAAGGUCGAAGACAACCUACUAGACAACCAGAAGUUCACGACAGGCAUCAUUGCGGCGCUUGCCAGCAGCAAAUCGACCUCUUUCGAGAAUUUACUCGAGCCUAUGCAGAAGCUGCUCCGACUCUCGCCAGCGCUUGCUGCCUCUAUGGCCCAAAGCCAACAGCUAUGGGACAUCAUCGGACAAAAGCUCAACCAUAACAAGCCAGCCAUCCGCCUCAACCUUCUCCGAAUCAUCGGCUCAAUAUGCGAGGCCACGAACGAUGGUAUUUCUAUACUCGAUCAAUGUGGUCUCUAUGACGCCAUCGAACAGCUUCAAUAUUCCGAUCCCGCUAUCCUCGUCCGCAGCAUGGCGGGGGAGCUGCUCCGGAGCUGGGAGGAUAACGAUACUGCUUCCAUUCACAGUGGUCAUGGCGGCAAUAAUCCAUCGAGUGGUGUUCGCAAGCAUCCGGGUAUGAUGCGUCGCACUAGCUCGGGCACCACUCCCCCCCAUCUACUAGAGCGGCAACUGAGCAUGCCCGGCUCUCCACAGCUCGGUCGCACCGAUCGCACGUCGGUGAGUAUCUACGACCCGCCAACAAUAUCCACCCCUCGACGCAGGCAGAACGGGGUGUACACCAAUGGUUCCUCCGGCGUACGGCCCAUGUCCCGCGACGGUCCGAGCUACAUUCGCGAGGGUUCUCCUGCCUUCGCGAUGCCUGGAUUGGCACGGGCGCAGACUGCAGGCGCCGCCGAAAUGACGGUGAACAAGAGUAGACUGCCGAGGCAGAACACCACUACCGCCAAUCGGCUGAGUAGGCAGUCCACGCGAGAGAGCCUGAUCAGUGGGGCUGGUAGUAGAGACAGCGGUCACGGCACGCCAACGACACUAACGCCGGUGACUGAGACGGCGGAGCGAGAGAGAAGGCGGCAGGCGAGAGCCACCGCGACUGCCAAUAAAGGGGCUGCGGCAGCCAACGGAACAGCGCCACCGGGACCGGUGGAGGUGACGGUUGCGAGACGCAAUACUGCGCGGAGGGUGGGUGAUGAUCGCUGGUCAUAG